AUGAGCAGCUAUUUGCGGUCCGAGUUUGAGUCAGUAAAAGUGGCAGAUGUGCCGUUUCACGUCGAGUACUUCAACGUGAUUAAAGGCUACGCCGAUCAGGGAAGAACUGCUUUUGUAAGUUUCUACACUUAAACUAACAGUAUUAACUUCCUGAUACGCAAUACCCUUAUCAAAUUAAUAAAAAUUCAGAUUAAUGCCGAGACAGGCGAGUCAAAAUCCUAUCAAGACUUGUUAAAUGCCAGUUACUGCGUGAACGCCUAUUUGAAAAGUAUUGGGUUUGGCUACAAAGACAUCGCUGGGGCCGUUCUACAGAAUUGCUGGGAGUUCGCAGCUCUAUACCUUGGUACAGUAUCUCGUGGAGGAUGUUUCAGUGGCGCUAGUCCUCUUUUUACAGAAGGUAAGGUUAUUAUGAACAGGUAGACUUCACAAAGUACAGAUUCAACGAUAACAAAAGGAAGCACAAUCUUUAAACCUAACUUAUCAAGCUUUUAGUGGAAUUGAGCCAACAGUUCAACGAUGCCAAGUGCAAAGUCAUUUUAUGUAUGGAGUAUUCACUAGAACUUGCACUCAAAACCAGAAAUGACUGCCCGUUAGUGAAAGUAACUGAUUAUUUUUAUUUCAAAAACCAAUUACUUUCAGCAUAUCAUCGUUGUUGACUCAGAAGCCAAAAAAUUGCCGCAUAAUGUAGUAACACUUGAUUAUAUUCUGUCUAUGAACCCGCUCACUCACGAGAUGUACACAAAUGUAGAUGUAGAAAACGACAUGAUCUUACUGCCUUAUUCAAGCGGGACUACUGGUGCACCAAAAGGAGUUAUGUUAACUCACAGAUGUUUUGGCACACUUGUGCGAAGUGUAGACAAGUAAGUAUUUCCAGAACCCUGGCAUGAUACAAAAAAGCAAUUUUCAAUAACAAACACUUUCAGAAUUCUCAACGAACAAAUGCUUGGCAAAAUGGAUGCAAACUGGGACUUCGCCAAGGAAAACCUCAUCUGUGUCCUGCCUUUCUACCAUAUCUACGGGUUUGGAAUGCUGUGGACUUUCCUUCGGAAUGGAGCCAAAUGUGUUGUCAUAAGGAAAUACAACCCAGAAAUACUGUUCGAUUCGAUUCAAAAGUACAAAGUUAGAUUCAUCUGUUUAGUACCACCUAUUCUUGUAUUCAUGUCUCGGUCUGAUCUGAUGAAGAAGUUCGACCUCAGCUCAUUAGUCUUCGUAAUGACAGGAGCAGCGCCAGUAGGAAAAGAACUGUGUGACACCUUGAAGAAGAAGUUCCCAAGUAUCAAGCAAAUUGCACAAGGUGAGAACAAGCUCUUAAAAGUAAUGCGAAUUGUUUUUAAAAUAUUGAUCUAUAACAAUUCAACUUUAGCCUACGGAAUGACAGAAACAAGUAUGGCUUCCCAUUUGCCAGUGUUCGGCCGCGACAACCCUGCAGCCUCUGGAUUCUUAAUUCCCAACUUCGAAAUGAAGAUAGUCGAUCAAGACACGAACGAAAUAGUACCAUUAGGCAAAGUAGGAGAGAUCUUAGUACGCUCACCAACAAUCAUGCUCGGCUACUUCAACCGUCCCAAGGCUACAGCAGACACAAUCGAGAAAGACGGAUGGCUACACACUGGUGAUCUCGGUUACCUCACUCCAGAUGGAUGGACUUUCAUCGUGGAUCGAUGCAAAGACCUCAUCAAGGUAAAAGGUCUUCAAGUGGCACCUGCCGAGCUCGAAGACAUUCUCUUAUCUCACGAAAAAGUCAGAGAUUCAGCAGUUAUCGGAAUACCACACGCCGAAUUUGGUGAAGUUCCCAAGGCGUUCGUGGUCAAGAAACACAACUCAGUGACUGCAGCAGAGUUGGACAAAUACGUACUUGGUAAGCGUGUUUUUACGACUAAUUGUUAAGAUUCUCAUCUUUUUAGCCUAGCUGUUUACAAAAACCACCGUAUUAAUAUAACUUAGCCCACCACAACGCAGAAUCAAACAAGACUUUCAGAAAAAUGUGCUCCUUAUAAACGACUACUCGGUGGUAUCGUGUUUAUCGAUGAGAUUCCCAAAAGUCCCUCUGGCAAAAUACUCCGCCGUUCUUUAAAAGAUUACAAGCCAAAGUUGUAA